UUCGGAACCGGUUUCACUCGGGACUUGGUCAGAAGCAGCAACACACACACAUAGUGACAUACAUAUAUAUAACAGGCAGCCAGAGAUAGAGUCACACACACACACACACUUGCGGAAGGAGAUGGGGAGAGGACGGAGCAAGUUUGCGCCCAGCUGUGCGUUGCUGGCAGGGUUUGGGCUAUUGCUCAGCUGCCCGAUGGCUUGGACAUCGGAGGAACAUGUCCAGAGCGAACACGGCGAGUCUUAUGGAGGCAAUGAGACGGGAGGUCACGAGGAUGGCUUUCACAUUGUCUCCUUCCGCUGGGAUCAUGUACAAUCCCCUUACGUUAUCACCCUAUGGAUCCUGGUGGCUAGUUUGGCGAAGAUAGUGUUCCACCUGUCUGAAAAAAUCACCACUGUGAUUCCAGAGAGUGCUCUGCUGAUUGUGUUAGGUCUCGUCCUGGGAGGAAUAGUCUGGGCAGCGGACCACACCGCUUCCUUCACUUUAACACCAACUGUCUUCUUCUUUUACCUCUUGCCACCCAUCAUAUUGGAUGCUGGAUACUUCAUGCCCAACAGACACUUCUUUGGCAAUCUUGGAACGAUUCUCAUGUAUGCAGUCAUUGGGACAAUCUGGAACGCUGCAACAACUGGCCUCUCCCUCUAUGGCGUUUACAAGUCUGGUAUUAUGGGAGAUCUCGAAGCUGGCCUCCUGGAAUUCCUUCUGUUUGGAAGUCUGAUUGCCGCAGUUGACCCAGUGGCUGUAUUGGCUGUGUUUGAAGAGGUUCAUGUGAAUGAAGUGUUGUUUAUCAUUGUCUUUGGAGAAUCUCUUCUUAACGAUGCAGUCACAGUGGUGCUGUACAAUGUAUUUGAAUCAUUUGUUAAAGUUGGGCCAGGGAAUAUUCAAGGCCUGGACUAUUUCAAAGGCAUAGUGUCUUUCUUUGUGGUGAGCUUGGGUGGAACUGCCAUUGGCAUCAUCUUUGCCUUCCUGCUCUCCUUCGUAACCAGAUUCACCAAGCAUGUAAGAGUGAUUGAACCUGGAUUUGUCUUUGUGAUUUCAUACCUCUCCUACCUCACGGCAGAGAUGCUGUCUCUUUCUGCUAUUUUGGCUAUCACAUUCUGUGGCAUUUGCUGUCAGAAGUAUGUGAAGGCCAACCUCUGUGAGCAAUCCAUCACCACUGUCAGGUAUGCAAUGAAAAUGCUGGCAAGUGGUGCAGAGACCAUUAUCUUCAUGUUUUUGGGAAUCUCUGCAGUGGACACUGAGAUAUGGACGUGGAACACUGCCUUUAUACUUCUCACGCUGGUCUUCAUCUCUGUUUACAGAGUCAUCGGCGUUGCAAUUCUGACCUGGAUUUUGAACCAUUACCGUGUGGUGCAGUUGGAGAUUAUAGACCAGGUGGUGAUGUCCUAUGGGGGUCUGCGUGGAGCUGUGGCCUUUGCUCUGGUAGCAUUGCUGGAUGUGAAAACAAUUCCCGUGAGGAAUUUGUUUGUCAGUACCACUAUCAUUGUGGUGUAUUUUACAGUCAUCUUCCAGGGUCUGACAAUCAAACCUUUGGUGAACUGGCUGAAAGUAAAGAAGAGUGAGCAGAAAGAUCCUUUACUCAAUGAGAAGCUCCAUGGACGGGCAUUUGAUCAUAUAUUAUCUGCAAUAGAAGAUAUCUCUGGGCAAAUUGGAAACAAUUAUCUUAGAGACAAGUGGACUAACUUUGACAGAAAGUAUCUAAGUAAAAUAAUGAUGAGGAAAUCUGCACAGAUUAGCCGGGACAAAAUCCUAAGUGUUUUCCGUGAGCUGAAUCUGAAGGAUGCCAUCAGAUAUGUUUCUGAGGGAGAGCGGCGAGGGUCCUUGGCUUUUAUACGCUCGAGUAGCGAUGUUAAUGUUGACUUCACAGGUCCUCGUCAUUCUAUUGUCGAUUCGUCUGUCUCCGCAGUGCUGAGGGAGAGUACCAGUGAGGUGUGCUUGGACAUGCAUGCAAUUGACAACAGAGUGAAGAGCGUCAAGGAUCGUGAAGAAACAGUUACUCACCACAUGUUACAUCAACAUCUGUACAAACCCAGGCAAAGAUACAGCAUUAAUUACAGCCGCCACAAGCUAUUACGAAACGAAGAUGAGAAACAAGAUAAAGAGAUUUUCCACCGCACCAUGAAAAAGAGACUUGAAAAUUUCAAAUCCACCAAGCUUGGGGCCAACUACGCCAGCAAGUUUAGGAAUAUGAAGAAAGAAAAAGCAGCUAAAAAGAAACACAGCGAUGCUUUGUCAAAUGGAAAAAUCCCAACGCAGACUGUUGCAUUCCACAUUGAUAAAGACUCUGACACAGAGGACAAUUAUGAAGCAGCAGAUGGAGGAAUCAGUUUCCUAAUUACUGCCCCAAGUGCAGAAACAGACGAAACAAGAAAUGGACUCGAUAACCCGACCUUUUCUGCCGAGGAGGAGCAGUCAGAUUUCCAAAUGACUCCACCAUGGGUGGCAGGAGAAGAAACCGUCAUCCCAUCUCAGCGGGCACGUUUACAGCUACCAAGGAGUCCCAACACCUUCAGGCGCCUUACACCUAUGCAGCUCAGCACUCGAUCCAUUGAUUCAUUUUUGCUCGCCGACAUCUCAGAGGAACAUCCAUUGUCUUUCCUACCUGAAUCAUCAAUGUAACUCCAAGACAAUCCCAAGUCCCCCUCCUUUACCUAGCCCUUCCAACUUGGAUGAAAAACUCUUUUCCUGGAAAGAUGACCAAGCAAGUCAAAAUGACUCUGGUGCUGACAGGCCCUCGAGGGUUUUUCCUUA